AUGGGCGCGAUGUUCCGAAGCGAGGAGAUGAGCAUGGUCCAGCUGCUCAUCCAACCGGAAGCUGCCUAUCAAUCGGUGGCUGAGCUGGGUGAACUGGGAAUAGCACAGUUCCGUGAUCUGAACGCGGACAUCAACAUGUUCCAGCGGAAGUACACGAGCGAAAUUCGACGCUGCGAGGAGAUGGAGCGCAAGAUCGGAUACAUUCGCCGGGAGAUCGUGAAGGAUUCGGUGACAAUCCCGGACAUGCCGGAAGAGAUUCCGCGCACACCGAACUCACGGGAAAUUAUCGACCUCGAGGCGCAGCUCGAGAAGACGGAGAACGAGAUCGUGGAGCUGUCGGAGAACAACCAUGCACUGUUGCAGAACUUCAUGGAACUGACCGAGCUGAAGCAUGUGCUGGCGAAGACUCAGGUGUUCUUCUCGGACAAAUCGAACGUCCUGAACCUGGAGGCCACCGGUGGUGAGGCGGCAAACGAUGGCAAACCGCUCGGAUUUGUGGCCGGUGUCAUUACGCGCGAGCGGAUCAUCGGCUUCGAGCGCAUGCUGUGGCGCGUAUCACGUGGUAACAUUUUCCUCCGUCAGGCCGCCCUGGACGAACCGCUGGUUGAUCCGAAAACGGGUGAUUCGGUUCACAAGAUUGUGUUCGUUGCAUUCUUCCAAGGCGAACAGCUCAAGUCGCGCGUGAAGAAGGUGUGCGCCGGUUAUCAUGCCUCGCUGUAUCCGUGCCCGAACGAGUACAACGAGCGUGAGGAGAUGCUCCGUGGCGUUCGUACGCGCAUCGAGGAUCUUAAGAUGGUGCUGGGACAAACGCAGGAUCAGCGCCAGCGCGUACUUCUGAACGUCGCCAAGGAGCUGCCGAACUGGGAGAUCAUCGUCAAGAAGGUGAAAGCCAUCUACCAUACGCUGAACAUGUUCAACGUGGACGUAUCGAAGAAGUGUCUGUUCGGUGAGGCCUGGGUACCGACGGUCGCUCUGCAGGAUGUGAAGACCGCUCUGGUGAAUGGGUCGGCCGCGGUGGGUAGCGCUGUACCGUCAUUCUUGAACAUCAUCGAAACCAAUGAGGAUCCUCCGACGUACUACCGCACGAACAAAUUCACUCGUGGCUUCCAGAACCUGAUCGAAUCGUACGGUAUCGCAACGUACCGUGAGGCUAAUCCGGCGCUGUACACGAUCAUCACCUUCCCCUUCCUGUUCGCGAUUAUGUUCGGCGAUUUGGGUCACGGUAUGAUACUGCUACUGCUCGGCCUGUGGAUGGUGCUGUGGGAAAAGACACUCGACAAGAACAAGGAGGAAAUCUGGCAGCUGUUUUUCGGCGGUCGAUACAUCAUUCUGCUCAUGGGUAUCUUCUCCAUGUACACCGGUUUCGUGUACAACGAUCUCUUCUCGAAGGGCAUGAACAUCUUCGGUUCGGCAUGGAGCAUCAACUACAACACCUCCACGGUGAUGGAAAACAAGGAGCUGCAGUUGAAUCCCACGACCGACUAUUCGGAAACGGUGUACUGGUACGGGUUGGAUCCGCUCUGGAUGUUGGCCACCAACAAAAUCAUCUUCCUGAACUCCUUCAAGAUGAAGCUGUCGAUCAUCUUCGGUGUGGUGCACAUGAUCUUCGGUGUCAGCAUGAGCCUGGUCAACCACAAUCAUUUCCACCGGCGAAUCAACGUCCUGCUGGAGUUCAUCCCGCAAAUGUUGUUCCUGGUGCUGCUGUUCGCCUACAUGUGCUUCAUGAUGUUCUUCAAAUGGAUCAUGUACUCAGCCGUCACGGAUGAAGAUCAUCUGAAGCCGGGUUGCGCACCGUCCGUGCUGAUUAUGUUCAUCAACAUGAUGCUGUUCAAGAGCCAGGAACCGCUCGAUACCUGCAAGGAGUUCAUGUUCGACGGUCAAGACACGCUGCAGGUGAUCUUCAUUGUGCUGGGACUCAUUUGCAUUCCGUGGCUGCUGCUGGCCAAACCGUUCUACAUCAUGUUCCAGCGGAAGAAGAAGGGUACGGACUAUGGUUCGGAGGUGGCCCAACAAUCGUCAUCGAACCACCAUGACGAUGAGCCGAUGAGUGAGAUUUUCAUCCAUCAGGCAAUCCACACGAUUGAGUACAUCCUCAGUACCAUCUCCCACACCGCAUCGUACCUGCGUUUGUGGGCGUUGUCGCUUGCACACGCCCAAUUGUCGGAGGUGCUCUACAACAUGGUGUUCACGAUUGGACUGUCAAAUGACUCGUAUGUUGGUGCCAUCUUGAUCUACCUGGUGUUUUGGCCCUGGUCCGUUCUGACCAUUGGUAUCCUGGUAGGCAUGGAGGGUUUAUCUGCCUUUUUGCACACUCUUCGUUUGCACUGGGUCGAAUUCAUGAGCAAAUUCUACGACGGUCUCGGCUACGCCUUCAUGCCGUUCUCCUUCAAGGCAAUGCUGGAGCAGGAAGAAGCUGAAUAA